CUUCUCUCUCUCUCUCUCUCUCUCUCUCUCUCUCUCUCCUUUGGUCUUCCUUCUUCUCUCUCCUUUAUACUCCCCGCAUAUCCUACUUCUGAUUUGAGUCAUGGCGACUCGGGUCUGAUCCGUACCCAUUUCAUCUAUCUGACACUCGUUGAUUGAUUAUAUUUUUCCUUAUUUGGCUUGUUUUGUCGGGCGUGGGGUUCCUGUCCCCUACUUCUUGUCGGAGCUUUCUGCAGCUCGUGCUUGGUCUACAGACUUUCUUCUCCCCGAUCAGUUGUGCAUGAUUGAGGAUUCUUUUGUCCCUAUCCUUUCCCUUUCUUCUCUUUUCUCUUCUUUUGGAUUUCUCUCUAUACCUUUUUAAACCCCUUCGUAAUACUCUUUGACCGAUCUCAACCCACCCUCCUUUCCGUUCGAUCCGAUCAACAUAUACCAUCUGACACACCCUUCUCCAUCGGUCGAGUUGGAUACCUAAUCGAAGAACAUGGCAAUCAAAUCAGCUCUCGGGGUGCAGCCGCCCCGGCAAUCGGGUCGCUCGCCCAGUCGAUCGCCGAACCCGAAGAAUCGCAAGACCUUCCCCGCGCAGAGUGCCAGCUAUGCGUCGGAUGGCGUCACGAACAAUGAUAUCUUCAACCUUCCCUCCACCGACUACAAGGCGCUCGUCGUCGUCACCAUCAUUGCGGCGGUGGUUCGCUUGUUCCGCAUCUAUCAACCGUCGAGCGUCGUCUUCGAUGAAGUACAUUUCGGUGGGUUCGCAAGCAAAUAUAUCAAGGGGAAAUUCUUUAUGGAUGUUCACCCGCCUCUCGCCAAACUGCUCAUCACGCUGGCUGGCUGGCUGGCUGGUUUCGAUGGGGAAUUCGAUUUCAAGGACAUCGGCAAGGACUAUCUGGAACCCGGCGUCCCUUAUGUGGCGAUGCGCAUGCUCCCCGCCAUCCUGGGCGUGCUGACGAUCCCGUUGAUGUUUUUGACCCUCAAGGCCUCGGGCUGUCGCACAAUCACGGCGGUCCUUGGCGCCGGGGUGGUCAUUUUUGAAAAUGGUCUCAUCACCCAGUCCCGUCUGAUCCUUUUGGACUCCCCCCUGGUCUUCUUCACGGCUCUCACCGCGUUGACGUUCACCUGUUUCACCAACCAGCAAGAAAUGGGUCCUUCCCAUGCGUUCCGCGCACCCUGGUGGUUCUGGUUGGUCUCCACGGGUCUCUCCUUGGGCGCCACCCUGAGUGUCAAGUGGGUUGGACUCUUCACCGUCGCGUGGGUGGGCACCCUCACCAUCCUCCAGUUGUGGGUACUUCUCGGAGAUCCGCAGACCGUCACACCGCGCCUCUGGUUCAAGCAUUUCUGCGCCCGUGUCUUCUGCCUAAUCGUCAUCCCGCUCGGCUUUUACUGCGCCAUGUUUGCCAUCCAUUUCAUGUGCCUCGUCAACCCUGGUGAAGGAGACGGAUUCAUGUCGUCGGAGUUCCAGGCGACCCUGAACUCCAAGGCCAUGCAGGAUGUCCCCGCGGAUGUGGCAUUUGGAUCCCGAAUCAGCAUCCGUCACCUGAAUACGCAGGGCGGCUAUCUCCAUUCCCACAACCACAUGUACCCGACGGGCAGUAAGCAGCAGCAGGUGACCCUGUACCCGCACAAGGACGAGAACAACGUCUUCGUGGCCGAAAACCAGACCCAGCCGAUGAACCCGGACGGAACGGGUGUCGAGGGUCCGUUUGCAUGGGAUAACUUCACCGCGUCCUACAUUGAAGAUGGCUCCGUCAUCCGACUGAACCAUCUGAUCACCGGUCGACGGAUCCACUCCCAUGACGAGCGACCACCCGUGACCGAUGUGGACUGGCAGUUUGAAGUGUCGGCGUACGGCUUCGAUGGCUUCCCUGGUGAUGCCAACGACCUUUUCCGGGUCGAGAUCGUCAAGUCCAUGUCGGAUGGAGAAGAGGCCAAGAAACGGCUGCGCACCAUCCGAUCCAAGUUCCGACUGGUGCAUGUCAUGACCGGAUGCACCCUGUUUUCGCACAAGGUCAAGCUCCCGAGCUGGGCGUGGGAGCAACAGGAAGUGACCUGUGCCCGCGGCGGAAGUCUCCCGAACAGCGUGUGGUAUGUCGAAGCCAAUCACCACCCCAUGCUGCCGGCCGAUGCGGAGAAGGUGAACUACCGGAACCCCGGGUUCUUUGGUAAGUUCUGGGAGCUGCAGAAGGUGAUGUGGACGACGAACGCCGGAUUGACGGAGCCCCAUGCUUGGGAUUCCCGCCCCCCAUCCUGGCCCGUCCUGCUUCGGGGCAUCAACUUCUGGGGCCGCGACCACCGCCACAUCUACCUCAUCGGGAACCCCUUGCUCUGGUGGUCGUCCACCGUCGCCAUUGGUAUCUACGUCCUCUUCAAAGGCAUCUCCAUUCUCCGGUGGCAGCGGGGCUGUGGUGACUACAACAACGUCAACUUCAAGCGAUUUGAUUACGAGGUCGGCACCAGCGUGCUUGGCUGGGCGUUCCAUUAUCUCCCCUUCUACCUCAUGGCCCGUCAGCUCUUCCUGCACCACUACUUCCCCGCGCUCUAUUUCGCCCUCAUGACCCUGUGCCAGGAGUUCGACUUCCUCGCCAAUCGGAUCCAGAAAUUGGGACUGCCAUCUCGGCCCGCUAUCGGCAAGAUUCUCGCGGGUACUUUCCUGGCCGCGAGCAUCUUCACUUUCACGCUGUAUGCCCCUCUGGCGUACGGCAACCCCUGGACGCAGGAUGCCUGCCGGAAGGUGAAGCUCCUAGGCGGAUGGGACUUCGAUUGCAACACUUUCUACACCGACCUUAACCAAUACGUCACUCACUUUACGGGCACCGACCUGGCGGCCCCCACGACCGCGGUGCCCACCGCCGAGGCGCCCCCGGUGGUCCCCCUACCCCAGGAGAAACGGGAGAACCAAGCAGCCCCCCAGGAGAAACAAGAAGAGGCUCCCGAAGCCAGCGUCACCCCCAAGGCCCACCAACCCGGCACCAGAGCACGCGUGGAGUACCGGGACCAGGACGGCAACCUCCUCGACGAAGAGUUCGUCAGCCAGCUCGCCAAGGACGGCAAGGUGCAAUUCGAGACGCGACACGAGACCCAGACCAAGUUGGCGCACGCCCACGAGGUGGACAUGGUCGACGGGAAGGUAGCCCCUCCGGCCCCUCCCCACCCGGACGUCGAAGGCCAGGACCCAGAGACCGUCGGCAAGCAGCCGCCGGUCGUAGAGGAUGGACCGGCCUCGGUAGCGGGACAGGGUAGUCCUCUUGGUCAGGAGGAGCGGUCGCCGGAGCCCAAGCCGGCUGCCGAACCGAACGAGGCGACCAACUGA